CGAAACGUCACCCUCGACUUUUGAGACCCAACUUGCAAUUGUGAUUCUUCGACAAGUAAAUUUGACUCUCGUUCCAGCCCAAUCAUGUCCGACAAGAUCACAGAAGACGAGCUCAAGGUUGAGAAGACCGAAGGCUUCAAGGUGGGCGAGAAGAAGACGCUCGACGAGUAUCUGAAGCUAGAUGAAGGAGAUGAGUCACUCAAGACGUACAAGAAGUCCUUGGGCCUGAGCAAGGGAGAGCCUCUGCCUGUCGACCCUAAUGACAAGCGAACGUGUGUCAUUCUGUCGCUGGCGUUGGAGAGCGAGGGCCGACCAGACAUCGUUGUCGACUGUUCUCAGCCAGGUCAACUUGAAAACCUCAAGAAGAACCCGUUCACCAUCAAGGAAGGCGCCACGUUUCGAAUGAAGGUCAGAUAUCGGGUGCAGGGUGACAUCAUCUCGGGCCUCAAAUACGUGCAAGUGGUGAAACGCAUGGGAAUAACACAGAAGUCUCAGGAAAUGAUUGGCUCAUACGCACCGAACACCAAGGAACAGCCCUUUUAUGAGAAGAAAUUUGAGCCAGAUGAGGCACCCUCUGGCAUGAUGGCGCGAGGCGACUACACGGCCGUCUCCCGGUUCAUUGAUGACGAUGACAAGGAGCAUUUGCGUUUCGAAUGGGCCUUCAAAAUUAAGAAGGAUUGGUGAUUUUUUCCCUCAACGUUUUCGAAACCCGGCGCAAGCAAAUGUAUCUCUCCGGUAUCGAGAAAAGUGAAGCAAACUAUGGCUAGAUCAGGCCCCCAAAACACUACCGCACGACUUGCUUUAACAUAUAACGAUCCUUCCCUAUACAGACACUGAAGCUCGAAAUCACGAAACAUGUUUGACCAAUAGAA